UCGGUCCAUGUUUACAAACACAUUUGUUUAUUUUAUGGACUGUACACACUAAAUCAGUGCGAAUGAAAACAAUGGCAUAAAUGUUUAGUAAAAGCUGAAUGGUUUGAAAUCCUGAUAUGUAGAAAAAAAGUAAUAAAUUGAUUUUCUUUGAAUUGGAAUGCAUUUAUCUUUGAUACUACAGCACUGUACCAGUGUAUAGACUUUAUGCUUCAUUUAUUCUAUAAAUAGAAUGUGGAUUUAUACUAUAAAUAGAAUAUGUCCUGCAUGUAUACAUAACGAUCGUGUAGAAAAAGCAUGCAUGUUUGUUUGGAUGUGGAUUAAAACCAGUGUGAUAGUAAUCUAGCUAUCGUGUUGUAAAUACCGUGUGACAGCCAUGACGAUAUGUCUAUACAAUGAAACACAUACAUGUAUUACGAUAUAUUGUUGUGAUCCUAGUCAUUUACCUGUCGUUGCUCUUGUGGAUGUAUCAUUAUUUCUUUAAAACUGCAUUUCGGACAGACAAUAAUUCGGUUGGUAUGAUGGAAGUAUUUCAGCGCGAGUCAGGAUCAAAUAGUGCGGUACUUAUCAAAAAGUUUGGAACACUUCCAGACUGGAAUUCUAGAUGUCUUCUGUCAAAUGCAACAGACAUAUCUUUGCUUGCUUUUCGACAGACCAUCACACAGAAAGAAUUCUUAAUUCUUAGAGACAUUUUAGUUACGUUUAAACACGCGUGCGAAACAAACAAUUUGACAUACCUGUUAUAUGGCGGCUCAUUGUUAGGCGCUUACCGGCAUGCCGGUCUAAUUCCAUGGGAUGAUGAUGUAGAUAUAUGGAUGGAUUUUCAGCAAGCACCGAUGGCAGAAAGAGUUCUUCGCAAUAUACUAGGAUACAGUUUACAAAAAGAAAAGGGUGACACAAACUUGUGGAAAUUGUCUAGUGAUUCUAGUAAACCGAAUAAAACAAAAACAGGUAGAAGAGAAGUAUUUCCAUACAUUCACAUACUAUUCUUCGUCGGCAAUUCCACACAUGUCAGACAUUUGGAGGGUGCUGUUAAUAACAGAACUGUUUUCCCAAGAAAUGAUAUAUUUCCGCCCAAGAAAAUGCUGUUCGAAGAUGAAGAAUAUUUUAUACCAAACAAUGCGCAUGCUGUGAUCAAAAGGAAGUAUGGACAGACUAACGUCUGCACGGCACGUGACCUGGAAACCUUACAAUAUGUUAAAGCUGUCUCAUGUGAUGAAUUGUACCCAUACUACCCUUUCAUCACAAGAACGCACGUACAUAAUAUUCAAAGGGAGACAUUAACUUUUGGCGGGAAAAUUAUUUGGCAACAAGUUUCUAAACGUUUCGGUAAUAGGAAGAAAAUCACAUAACACGAAACAAAGAUGGUAGCAGAUACAUUUGUAUUGUCUAUUCUUUUAAACUGAAUUAUUCAACACGAAAAAAUACUUUACAGUGUGUUGAAGCACAAAUUAAGUUAUACCUAACAAAGACGAUUAAAUCGUUUGAACCUCUGCUGUUACAAAGCAGCCAACCUCUUUGAUACUGAAUAACAAAAUCCUAAGAAAUAUAAUAUAUUUAAAAAAGA